AGCCGCCAAACCCUGUUCAUUGACUUCUGUUUGACAGCAUGCUGCAACCCGGGUCCUCCCCCGCGUCUAAUGACGACACACGACGCAGCAAGCGGGCUCGCCUCCGCCUUUGCGAAGCGGAGACGAGGGAGCGCGCCCGGCGGUCUGCGACUGGUGGAUGGAGAAGGAGGCAGGAUUCUGAAAGUGGGGGGGACGGUUUCGUUCAAAAUUACAGAAAAAAAAGAAAAUUAGGCACUGCAGACAUGACAGCCGAACUACCUUGUGAGAGCGGGGAGGCUACAGACAACACGCGACAGUAUCUCCGGGAGGUGAGGGCAGGGUUAAACUUGUUGCUGAUGUCAAUCACAGUGCCCGAGUCGAAGGUAAAGUUUCAAAACAUGCAUCAUCAGAAUAAUCAGGUCCUAAUAAAUCAACUACAGGAAAUCACUGGGACCCAGGAUGCGAAGAUACUGCAAACAGCACUGAAGGCUAGUCAUGGAGAUGUUAGGCAAGCGAUUGGAUUCCUCACUGGCCAGGACCCGGACGCAGAGGUCAUAGCAGUGGAGCCCUCUGAUAGUGAAGGGAGUGUCGUCGGCAGGGAGGGACAGACCAAGGUGAUCGACCUGACUGGUAAUGACAAGGAUGACCUUCAGACUGCCAUCGAGCUGAGUUUAAAAGAGUCUCAAACCGCCCAGGCAGAAGAGCAGGACCUGAGCAGGGCUCUGGAGGCCAGUGUUGCUGAUAACAAAUCUCGGGUAAAAAGGAAAAGGUGCGAGGCCUGGGGGGACAGCUCCAAUCCCAUCGACUGGAUCCGACGGGACGAAUGGCCAGUGGGGCUGAAGAAUGUGGGAAACACCUGCUGGUUCAGUGCUGUUAUACAGUCUUUGUUUCACCUUCCUGACUUCCGGAGGCUGGUCCUGCACUACUGUCUUCCCCAGAAUGUCCUGGAAAACUGCAAGAGCCACAGUGAGAAGAGGAACAUUGCCUUCAUGCAGGAGCUCCGUUGCCUGUUUGCACUCAUGAUGGGCUCCAGUCGCAAGUUUGUGGAUCCCUCUGCUGCUGUGGAGCUGCUGAAAGAUGCAUUCCGGUCCAACGAAGCCCAGCAGCAGGAUGUGAGCGAGUUUACCCACAAGCUUCUUGAUUGGUUGGAAGAUGCCUUCCAGUUGGCAGCCAAUGGAAAUAACCCCAAAGAUAAGCAAGAGAACCCGAUGGUGCAGCUUUUUUACGGAACCUUCCUGGCUGAAAGAACCCUUGAUGGUAAAACUGUCUCCAACAUUGAGCGCUUUGGACAGUACCCCCUACAGGUGAACGGAUUCAACAACCUGGAUGAGUGCUUGGAAGGCGCCAUGGUGGAGGGGGAGAUCGAGGCUCUUCACUCGGAUCAAACCAUCCGCUCUGGCCAGGAGCGGUGGUUUUCAAAGUUGCCACCGGUGUUGACCUUUGAACUGUCCAGAUUUGAGUUCAACCAGUCUCUUGGACGGCCAGAGAAGAUUCAUAAAAAACUGGAGUUCCCGCAGGUGAUUUACAUGGACAGGUACCUUUACAAGAACAUGGAGAAGAUCCAGGACAGGAGAGCGGAGGUGAAGAAGCUGAAGGAACAGGUGACUGUUCUGCAGCAGAAGCUAGAGAGCUACCUCAAUUACGGCUCAGGGCCAAACAAAUACCCGUUGGCUGACAUGCUGCAGUACGUCCUGGAGUUUGCAACCACAAAGCCCACCAGUGUUUCUCCCACUCAGGAUAUUAAAGUGACCUCCCCAGCAUCCACUACCACUUUGAGCACACCCACAGAUCCUGUAUACGAGCAGACAAGUCCUUCAGAAACAGAGAAUUCAGGGCCACCUGACAGUUCAAACUCUAUGCCCACGUCGCCACCACCCCAGAGGACUCCCAUCUACAAGCCAUUCACGCAGUGCAGACCGCCCAUGGACACCCCCCCUCACCCGGCCCCCCACAAAGUGUCCGAGGAGGAGCUCUGCUUCAUCAAAGGCUGCCUGCAUCGCUGGAGAACAGAGGUGGAGCAAAACAUACAAGAGCUGAAGGACAGCAUUGACCGGAUCAACCACACUUUAGAGAACAUGUACACGGAAGACAGCAUGUGCCAGGUGCCCUACCGCCUGCAUGCUGUCCUUGUCCAUGAAGGCCAGGCUUCUGCAGGCCAUUACUGGGCCUACAUCUUCAAUCACAGGUGUAAACUGUGGCUCAAGUACAAUGACAUCUCUGUCACGGAGUCCUGUUGGGAGGAGCUGGAGAGGGACUCCUAUGGGGGUGUGAAGAACGCCAGUGCCUACUGCCUCAUGUACAUUGAUGACAAGCUGCCUCGCCUCAUAGCAGAGGACACAGAUAUGGAGACUGGGCAGGUCCUGGAGGGGGUGGACUCCCUGCCACCCAUCCUGAGACGCUACGUUCAGGAGGACAACCGCUGGUUCCAACAGGAAGUGGAGGAGUGGGAGGAGGAGCAGUUCCGCAAGAUUGCGCAGAAGGAGCCGCCUGUAACCAUCACAGAAACACAGGAACUCUCCUUCACAACAGUGGCUGAAGAAUCUGCCCCUAGCCAGCAAAACUCGCGGUCUCUGUCUUCGGAGCAUGCUGUUAUAGCCAAGCAGCAGACCGCCCAGGCUAUCGCCAAGACAGCCGACUGCUACGAGAAGAAGGGAGUGGAGGCUGCACUCGCGGAGUCCGAUAGAGAGAGUGAGGCUGUGGGCAGCACUGUGGAGUGUGAAGCCAGGGCUGACUCCCAGCCACAGGAUCAGCCCCCCAAGGAGGGUGAUAAGCAGACUGAGAGCCAGGUCUCCGAGGUGGAGAUCCCCAGUGUGGGCAGGAUUCUGGUGCGCUCAGACGCAGACGGGUAUAACGAGGAGAUGAUGUUAACUCCAGCCAUGCAGGGGGUCAUCCUGGCUAUAGCAAAGGCUAGGGAGGUCUAUGAUAAGGACGGGCCUGAGGCUGCUCUCAUAAAGGCGUUCCAUGAAGAAUACUCCCGGCUCUACCUGCUUGCUCAGGAGAAAGCCAGCCCCCAGAACGACCCCCGUCUCCAGCACGUCCUGAUCUACCUCAUCCAGAACGAAGCCCCCAACCGUGUGGUCGAGAGGACACUACUGGAGCAGUUCGCAGACCGGAACCUCAGCUACGAUGAACGGUCAAUCAGUAUAAUGAAGCAGGCUCGUGCGAAACUCCGUCUGAUUGGACCAGAGGACAUGGAUAUGGACAAGUACAGGCAGAAAUGGCAUGAAGACUACAGCCUGUUUCGCAAGGUGUUUGUGUAUCUUCUAACAGGGCUAGAGCAGUACCAGAAUGGAAAAGUUCGUGAAGCGCUGACCUACCUGGUGUAUGCCUACCAGAGCAACAGCACAUUACUUAGGAAUGGGGAAAAUAGAGGCGUAGAGGAGUCACUUAUUGCACUUUAUAGGAGGAAAUGUUUAAUGGAGCUGAAUGAGAACGCAGCAGGCCUGUUUGACAGCGGAGAGGACAGUGAUGUGGUGGAGGGGAUGAGCAUCAUGAACGACCUGGUCAUUCCCUGCAUGCACCUAAUGAUCAGUAACGACAUCUGCCAAGAGGACCUGGACGCCAUUGAGAUCAUGAGGGAUCGCUGGUGCUCUUACCUGGGCACUGACAUGGACGCCACUCUGCAGGAGAAGCUGGGGGAGUUCUUGCCCAGGUUGCUGGACUGUUCAGCGGAGAUCAUCAUCCUAAAGGAGCCACCGAAGAUCAGGCCAAACUCGUCCCACGACCUGUGCAGUCGCUUCGCCGCUGUGCUGGAGUCCAUUCACGGCACCUCGCCAGUGACUGUCAAUUAAGACUUUAACGGAAAAUAUGAAUCGGACUCUUGAAGCUUGGAACUGCCAAGAUCACACAGUGGAACAGUCAGUCAACAAAGACACUUGUGAAAGAACUCCAAGGUAAAGGGCGCUUGAUCUGACACAUAAAUGGUGCCCUGGAUUGUAUGCAAGUGUGUGUAUUUUAAGCUAUUUGUCUUUUUUAAAGCACCUUUUUUAAUAAUGAAAUACACAAAUAUCGGGUCCCGCCAUUAACUUAUGCUCAAAAUUGAGAAGUUUUAGCUAUGAAUGCUGCUCGGAUCCAUUGUACAAAGUUCACAUGGACUGAAUAUUCGGAUAUCAUUUCCCAUGUUAUCCUUGAAGAAACAGUCAGACUGUGUCUUUUAUUUUUAUGGCCCAUAUUUCAAAGACAAAGCUUGCAUUACGAAAUAGAACGAGCAGCACUGCAUUUAAGUCAUUACAAAUCAGAGGAGCCUGCAUAGAAUGUGAAAGGGAAAUAUGACAUGUCAAAUGGGUGCCUAGUAUUGACCCCGUGCGUGCCAAAUAUAACGACAGUGCUUUCAAAGGACGAAUUACUUUAGUGCACCCCCAAUGGGAUUGUAAGAAAUGUGCAUUCUGUAGUUUAGUGUUUCAGUCACUGCAUGGAAGUGCAGCACUGUAUUCCCUGCUAUGCCCAAGUAGUGUUUGCAAACCUUGAAAAGAGCAUUAAAAAAGCCUGCCCUAUUUCUUACGGACAUGAGCUUACAUUGCGUCUUCUUGACCGAGCUACCAGUGUCCCCUUUUUACAUUUGAAAUAUGUUCUGAUCCUUAUAAUAAUCACCGGCUUGCAGGUUUGAAUGCUGCUGCUUUUGGUUCCAUGGUUCUAGCAGCUGAUGUGUAGGUCUGUCAUGUAGCCCUUGUCCGAUGCACUGGAUGACAGAAAACCAUUUCGUUCUAAACACCUGGCAUUUUUAACACAAAUAAACGUUUUACAUUGCUGUUUGAUCUCUGGUCUGUCGCCUUUUUCUUUCUUUCUUUCAGAUUCAGUCCCUUUUACAUGUUGUCUUUUCCUUGCAGUAUUCCAAAACAUUUUUUUUCUGUUUUUACUAAUUUUUGUUUCUUUUCUUUUUUUAACUUUCAUCUUUUUACACUGAGGAUAUAACUUGUCAGCUGCACAAACACUAAUCCCAUGUCACAAUCUGGAUAAAAUUAUCUUAAAACUAGUCUUCUUUGGGGGCAGUGGAUAGCAGUUCAGUUCACCACUAGUUCCACGCUAAUGUGUUUAGAUUUAUACCGCUUACCGCUGUCAUAUAUACUUCAUGUCUACAUAAAUCUAUGGAAUUAACCUCAGCAAUAUCCCCCACUCAAAAUGUUCAGUUAUUCUGCAGAAGUCUGGUUUCUCAGAUCCCCAUUUGCAUUUAGACUACUUUUUAAUGUAGAUUAAAGUUCUAAACAGGCUGUAGGUUUGAAACACAGUGCAUUACUUUCCUGGUGCCCUGCUUUGUUGUUUGUAUUCCUGCAGUGUUAACAUAAUUGCGAUUUUUGUUUUGAGAUUUUUAUUAACAUGUCCCUGGUCAUAAAUCGGUUUUGACCAGCUAGUUUCAUUUCACAUCAGUUUUAUACACUGGUCUUUCUGUGCAAAAUGUAUUCCCAGACCCGUGUUAAUCAGGGUCUAUGAAACCAGACGUCAGUAAUUCUACAGUCUUGCUGAAAAAUAUAUUUCACACACUGGUGAGCUUGUGCCUGGUGCGAUGUCCACUAGAGGGGGCUGUGCUGUGUGUUGCAGAAGGAAGUGUAUUUGACACCUUCACCAGAAAUUCUAAGCUUUUUUUACUUUUACAUCUGACAAACACAGCUAAUUUAAAACAAUAUUCAAAUGCACAACUCUAUCCCGCCCCCCCGUAUCAUCCAUGCUAUGAAUAUUGCUAAUCAAUUGGCCGUUUUGGAGUAGACUGAAAGAUUCCUCGAACGUAAAGUGAAUUUGCACCCUUGUGUAUAACAGGUUUCAGUUGUGUUACAAUGGAUUGUAUAAUAACAGUAUUAAGGUAGUAAAUCGAGUUACAGAAAGGCAAAGGGAUAUUGAAUUCUGCUAAUGUUUUUCACACAAUUUCUGCACCUUCUAUAGCAGCAUUCCUGUGUACAUUCUUGUCAUUGUCUUUGUACAGAAAAAAACCCAAACAUUUAAACCGAGGACUGCUGCGUUACUGCUGACUCUCAACUUGACAUGCAGGCAUGAUUCCAAGUUGCAGGAUUCAGGUUAAAGAACAGAAAUCUAAUCAAUAUGAUUUUGUGAAUCAUGCCUUGAAUGCAGUGCUAUUCGGCGAGGCAAGAUUUAACUAAAUAAUUUGAUAUAUAUUUUUUUAAAGUGGUACAUUGGAAGUGGAUUUUUGGUGCAUUUAAAAAAAAAAAAAGUUUUACUGUAAAAUAUUUUUGUGUUCUAUGUGCAAUAAAAAAGCCUUUUUUUAAUGUGUAAGUGUUCAUGCACAACUUGGUGACACUGUUUGUAAAUUUGGGAGUGUUACACUGAUUUGAACAUGCAUUGGUUAUCAAUUAAAAUAAUUCUGUGAUAUCCUGCUAUAA